AUGUUCUUCUUCUUUACUUGCGGAACACACACAUUCACCUCCCGCCUCGCCGGCACCGAAAACCUGACGCUCCAAUGCCAAAACUGCGGCAACAACACCGGCCGCGUAAUGAAGCGCUGGGAAUGGUUUACCUUCUGCUUCAUCCCCGUUAUCCCAUUCAGCCUCAAGCCACGCAAGGAAGUGGGGUGCCACGUCUGCAAUUUCUGGCAGGACAUCAAGUAUCGGCCGGAACUGGCGCAUCUUGCCAAUGGGGGUAAGCCGCAGGAGGGUGCGUCUAUGCCGAUGAAUGGGUAUGGAGGACAGGGUCCGCCGGGUGGUGGUGCACCACCGGGUUAUGGGCCGCCGCCGCAGGGGGUGCCGCAGUAUAAGUAG